UGUCGGCUGUGCAGACAAGAGAAUUUUAGUCGUUGCCCGUUAACAGCCUAACAUUUUAUUUUAAGUUAAAGAUUACAACUGUGAAGAAUUGAAAAAAUGAACGCUGCUAAAAUGUUGUGCAAUUUGCAAGCCUUCUUAAUAAGAACAAUGCACUGAUAAAUAAUUUGAUUUUCAUUAAAAAAAAAAACGGAAAAAACUGUUUAGGGAAACGGAUACAUGUAUUUUUAAUACAAUACAUUAUAAAAACAUAUGCAUGCUCAGUGGAUGAACUCUAAAAAAAAUUAAGCAGAGUGAAAAUUACAAGCAUCUAUAAAAGAUAUCCAAACAUAUAUAGCAAUGGCUCUGCCAAAAAAAAUUAAAUGUUUUAAAUAUUUGGUUUACAGUUAUGUAUUUCUCUUGGCGCUAACUGGUGCAGCUCAAAUAUUUUUGGGCACCUCGUUGCUUUGGGGUCACUCCGUUUAUUAUGGCAUUGUCCAGAAUAAGUUGUGGGCUCCAGCUGCCAUUCUCCUUUGCUUGGGACCAGUUACCUUUAUAUUAUGCUGGAUGGGCUGUCAGGCAACCAAUCAGAGAAAACGCUGUCUGCUGGGCAUGUUUGCAGCUCUUUUAGUGGCUUGUAUUUGUGUUCAGUUCAUUAUCUGUGGUUGGUCCUUGGCUAUGAGGGAGAAUAUACCCACUUCCGUUGAGCUAUUCAUCGAUGAUUCCUUUGUUGAAUUCUUAGAUAAGUUUUCACGAACUAAAGUUGACAACCUACAUUUGUGGAAUCGCAUGCAAUCUCAGUUGCAAUGCUGCGGUGUUGAUGGACCACUUGACUAUCGACGUCUAUCGCUGCCUUGGUCCUGCUGCUCUCGCCCCGAGCACGCCUACGAAUCUGCAUGUGAUACUCACUACAAGCGUGGCUGUUUGGCUGUCGUAUCAGAGCAAAUCAAAAGUCGUCUGCUGAUAACCGCAUUUGGAGCUGCCAUCAUUGCUAUUCUACAGAGUUUGGGCAUCUUUUGUGCUGUUCAUUUGACUAUAUUGUUUGGCAAGAAUGAUAAUACCCAUCCGAUGAACAUGAACCGGAAAAAGAAGCAGCAACAGUUUUUACCUCUCACCAUACAGGAUAAGAGGCAUGAUCUACCAUCGCCAAUCAAUUUAUCGCCGUCAGCACCCGGCCAGCGCGUUUUAAAAACUGCUCUGCCUCCGGCCAUGCACAAAUGACAGACGAUUAGUUUCUAAGAA